AUGACUGGAUUAGGGGAAACUAAACAAACAUCUUAUUUCCCGCCCUUUUCUUCCAUCCGCCAUCUUGUGUGGGCUGAGCCUUCCAUAUUAUAUGAGGCCUUGCCAUUAAGAAGUUCAGAUGGAACUGAGCAAGCGAGUGAUACUGGUUUUAUAAUCAUUUAUUUUGAAAGUGAGUCUGUAUUCGAUAUUUUUGCUAGUUUGAAGAGAUUCGGAGUAACAUCAACGGUUGGAAUCGGAAUGAUUCUGCAUUGGAUGUUCAGUGUAGGAUGUCUGUCGAUGAUCAGUUCCACGUUGGUAUUAGCCACCACAGUCCAAAAUAUCGAUAAUAACAAUGCCCCAAGCACACAGUGUUCCCCGGAGUUGGACAAGGAUUGCCCUCGAGGUAUUCUUGACAUAAAAGCUGAUACAGAUAGAGAUAAUGUGAUGGAACUCGUGAGAAAGAUCUUAACACAUAAAAACCGUGGUAAUUCUGAGAAAUUGACAGUUCUGGAAAAUUCUUCUAAAAAUGACAAACAGCCAGCAUGGAUUCUCAAGAGACCAAAAUUCAAUCCGACCGGCUGGAGAAGGAGACGUAAGAGAAGCAUAUCCGGGCUACCUGAAUGGAACUCGGAGAUGGGGAAUUUGUUAAACAAUCGUUUUGAUAGUGGCGAUAACGAACUGUUCGGGAUGCCAUCUUUGUUUAAGAGAGUGCCAAACAGUAAUGGGAAUAGACGGCUCGCCUUUCUUCGUAGUGCAUAUAAACUGAAAAGGAAACCUCUCAAAUUUAAUCCCACGGGAUGGUAA